CUGACAACUCCUGUUUGCUUCUUUAAGUGGCGAACUCUUCACAACUACAACUGCUAAACACGCCAUCGCCCAUGCAUUUGUACGGUCCUCACUUUACUCCUCUGGAUUGAGAGAGACUUCUCUUCUCUAGCUCGACCAUCACAAUUUCAGCUACAACUCCUAUUUAAUUUCUUUGUUUCUCUAUUCUCAAUUUCCUCACCUGCUCUUCAGCCAACCCUUUCUUCCACCCAUCGCCUGACCACCGUGAAUCUUACCAGUAGAAAUAGGUCUGGAUGUCCUCAUGGAAGCUUCAUCGUGCAAUUCAGUUAUAGGAUUCAGAGACCUUCCUCUACGGCAUUCAAGGGCAGUCGUCAGCGGAUGAAUCUGUCAUCGUUGGAGUCAACCUGCACCACCAUCUCCUCCUCCUCUGAGCGACGACUUUUGAUGAACCGUUGCCUCUUUGAUAGCAACGGAAGCAGCGUUAGGAGGAUUAGACUUCACUCAUCACCCCCAGUUCUCCGGUUCGGCAAUCAUUAUCGACAGAUGCAUCUAAAUGCUUCAUUUGAGGUCCCGACGACUAGAUCUCAAGUUAUCGUCGAUGGCAGUGUAACGGAUCAGCAGCCGACGGCGUCGUUGUUUAGGUCAGGAUGAUAUCGUGCCGCUGGGUGUGGAGUUUGACUUCGAGGAGGAAGACGCGAGAUGACAUCUCGAGUGGUAUAGGAUGAAGGGUAGUAACGCUAGGAAGAGUUUAUGGGAAACCACUCCCAUGGAAUCUGACUAACCACCCGAAAACCCAGAAUUCGUACCGACGCCCAUGAGAGCCACUCCAGCUUCGAAUUUUACUGAUGAAUUGCUGAUGAAUUUCGAUGGCCAGAUCCUGCGAGUAGCUACCAGUUGGACUGGAACAAGAGAGUUAGGAUCGUUUAAGGGGUCACUCAAGGACUCCUUUACCUCCAAGAGAAGUGGGAGAACACCAGAACAGCUGCAUUUGAGCAGUUCAGCUACCAUGAGAUCUGUGGUUGCAAUAGUUUCCUGUGAGAACCGACAACCAGACUAAAAAUGUUGCCCGGGUAUAGCAACAGGACUUCACUCUCUUUGGUUACAAACUAUGUGCAGUAAGUCUCUUAUGUGUUCAACUAUCUACUGAUGGUUUUCUUUUCCUUAAAACUCUUUUAUAUGGGUUUACCAGCUAUAAAAUGAAUUUGCAAUGGGAAACAAGUUGAGCCUGCGAAGAAGAGAACAAGAAAAACUUGCUUGGUGCACUAACCUUUCAUUAUUAUUGGGUUAGACUGUUUAAUGAGAGUUUGUUUAGACACAAAGAAAACCAUACAACCAUCUGGUAUUUGUAUAACUGUGCUUAUAGUUGGAAAGAGUAAUAACCACCUGUCCAUUCAGUAAGCCUGCUGUGUGCAGGAGCCAGGAGGACAUGAUUUGUGAAGGAAAAUUAGUUCUUGAAUUUCAAUAUGAUGUAGUCGGUUAGUAUGUGACUGGAAGUAUGAUUGCCAAUCACACUGUUUAUGUUUAUGAUUCAUUGAUUCUUGAACUACAACUCUAAUUCUAUGUUUGUUAUGCCUACACACUGAUUGUUAUAUGAUUCUUAGAGAAGCUAGGGGUAAGAUUCUACCUGUUGGUGCUUCGUAACAUCCUUUUAGAAUCUUAAAAGAACUUAUGAUACAACUUUAUCCCUGUAGUUUCUACUAUGAUUAGAAGUAUGAUUUCCCAAUUAAGAGUGAAGCACCAAAUCUGAAUAACACAUUAGAUUGAAACUGUGCAUUUCCUUUAGUUAAUUUUCCUCUUGACCUGUGUUGUCAUCAUGAAAUCCCUGCAAUUGCGUGGUUAAGUAGUUUGUUAGACAAGUUCAUUUGUUUUUGCUUGCUAUUAAACAAUGUUCAAUUCUGCAGAUGGCAGAAGAAAUGCUGCUGGAUCACCAUCAGCAAGCUACUCUCCAUUCUGAGAUUCUUCUCUUUUAUGUCGCUGCACAACAUCAGCAGGGGUGGGAAAGGCCAAUCUAGAAUGAGACUGGCUGGCUAUCAAUUACGCCUCUCAGGCCAUGGAAUCACUCAAAAGAAACACCAUAUUUGAUGGGGUAAUGGAAUGGGAACCAAUGGAUUUUGGAAAGAAAUAUUGAUUCUGAUUUCUUCCGCAUUUUUCUUAAUUGUUUUUCUAUUUUUUAGUGUGCAAAUGCAGUGGCAAUGAGGGUUCAACUUUCAAGGGUACGUAGCUGCCCUUGAUGGUGGCUCUUUGUACAGCCAUGUUGUUUAUAGUGUAUAGAACCACGCUCUUUUCAGUAUGAGCACACAGAGGAGCGUCCAACCCUCUCACUCUCUUAAUUCAUUUGUUUUUACGUGUUCUGGAGGUAUGGGGUUUUCGAACUGGCCAGCCAUGGAUUAUGAGCAAUAUGUUGCUUUGUUUAUGGUAGUUGGUUUAAUAACUAAAUUAUGUUAGUGACUAUAGUUAGGUUGUUUUAGUUAUACUUUUCCCUAAACUGUACAUUGUUGUGUAGUGUUAAUGUGGGUUUGGUUUGUGGGGCAGGUAUGUAGUCUAGCUUGGACUUCCAUUACUUACUAUGAUGUUUUAGUUAGUUUGACUCAUCGGCUAUAAAGGUUGUGUUGUUUUGUAGACUUUUGAAUGAAAGAGCAAAGUAACCUUAGUUCUCUUUAGUAAACAUUGAAUCUUAGU